GUCGCUUGUGAACUUUUUAUAAUGGCACUACUGCUUUCAUUGGCAUCAAUCUGCUUUUCUGCAACCAUCUUUGUUUUUUGUUUAUAAUUCCGUUCUUUUCUCUCGUAUUCUCUGCGUACGCAUGUUAUUUUAUUAUCAACAGGUAGUUGAUGAGUUGAAUUUUCAACGUGCUUUUUCAUUAUAGUGACGUUGAAUAAAAAAUAGAUCCAUUGAGCUAUGCUUAUAUUAGUGUAACAUUUCGACCCUGUGAAAGCAUCGUUAACUUUUUUGGAUACAGGAGGUGUUAUGAAGAAUCAAGAUCAAAUGGAUUCAAAGUACAAUGCAGGAAGUGAAGUAGGGGGUUUGGAAUUGUGCAUUGUGUGUGGUGACAGAGCCUCUGGCAGACACUAUGGCGCUAUUAGCUGUGAAGGCUGCAAAGGAUUCUUUAAACGCUCAAUUCGUAAGCGGCUGGGCUACACGUGUCGGGGCAACAUGAACUGUGAAGUCACGAAACAUCACCGGAACAGGUGUCAGGCCUGUCGCUUACAGAAGUGUCUCGCUUGCGGAAUGAGAAGCGAUUCGGUUCAACACGAGCGGAAGCCGAUCGUGGACAAGUCAAAGGGCGAUGAGCGCCAGUCUUCCGCCUACUCCAACCUCCUGGGGCAGGGCUCCCAGUUAAAUACCAAAGAUGAAGCGAACGACGCGUUUGGCGCCGUCACACCCGCUACACCAGCGUUCAACUUAGCGCUGGCUGCAGCUGUGGCCUUAAAUAAAGGUAGUUCUGUGGCUCCGUACCUCGCAGCGGGUAACCCCGGCGAUGUAGAAGGUGCAAGACGACAGCAGAUCAUCAUACAGGCGCAGCUGGCGAAAAACUUGUUCAAGAUGGGACAGUUUGGUGCAAUAAACGAAUACCUGCAAUCAGCGUAUAACAAUGCAGACCUGCAGUCCACGGCCUCCGCCCCGCCCGCGGCCUCUACCCCCGCCGUUCCAGGCGACGAUGACGGUGCUUGUGACGUGCUGAGUACUCCGGAAAGCGUUCAGCUACCGCUGAGUGUGCCCGCCUGCCCGAACCCUGCGCUGCGCUUACACGCCACCUGCGAGAGCGCCUCGCGCCUGCUCGCCGCGCUGGCGCGCUGGGCGCUCGCGGUGCCACACUUCGCCGCCAUGCCGUUUGAGAUCCAGACGGGGCUGCUCCGCAAGUGCUGGCCGGAGUUGUUCGUGCUGGGGCUCGCUCGCUGGGCGGCGCCCAUGGGGCUGAACAUCAUGCUGCCCAUGCUGACGACGAACCUGCGGGCAGAACUGCGGGAGCGCUCGGAGCGACCCGCGCCCCGCCCGCCCCCGCCCUCCACCGAGAUCACAAUAGAAGACUACUCAGACGAACGCAUCACGGAAGUGUUAGACCUAAUGGGUCGUCUGCAGAAGUUUAUAGCGUACAUGGAACAACUGCAGGUUUCAGACCGCGAACACGCGCAUCUACGUGCUCUGUGUCUCUUCUCCUCGGAUGGUGCACCAGAAUUCCUAAUCCAAAAACUCGAAGAGCUACAGUCUAAAGUGAUGCGUUCUCUGAAAACAACUUGCCAACUCAACGAAGAUAGACUCGAGAAAAUAAUGCUGAAGCUGCCCAAUCUGCGUAACUUUACUGGGAGCUUUCUCGAAGAUGUGUUCUUUGUCGGUUUCCUUGGCGACAUAUGUAUGGAUGACGCUAUACCGUAUUUACUUUCUGGUGAACGUUAAUAUAUCCUUAAUGUUAAGCUAAAAUAAGGCUUACAUGCUAUGGUCUAAUAAAUGACUAAUUAUUUGGAAUAGGAAAAAAAAUUUCACAUAAAUAAUCAAAAACUAUUUAUGUUCCUGUUAAGGACGAAAAUGAGGCCUUAUUAAUACUAAAUAUUGGUAGAAAAUGUUUCUAGUAUUUUUAUGAAUACAACGGCAAUAUAUUAAACAAUGAAACUUAGUCGAAUUGUUUUCUCUGAUGUAAUCAGAAAUCUAUAUUUAGCCUUAAUGAUUUGUAAUUACUAUAUUUUAUGUUCAUUAAUUUCUUGAUAAAUGUAUUAUCUUGUAAAAAAAAUAAUAUUAUGGGCCUGUCGCACAGUUGUGGAUAAAAUUUAUCCUGUAAAUAAGUUACGAUUUAAGUUUAACUGCAGGAGGUAGUAUAAUAAAGUAACGUUGCAACAUUUA